AUGAUAAACCAAAAACUUGAUGAGAUUUCACAGCUAGUCAGGAGCAUAAAAAGCAAGAUGGACAUCGUUGUUUCAUCAACUGUAUCUCUAAGAGAGCUUAACUACAGAAUAGAAGCUCUUCUGAUAUCAUUCAAAGCAUAUGCAUGUAAAAGAAAGCACACAAUACUAGACAACACUUUAUCAAUAAGCAAUACUCAGAGUAUAAAGGAAACAUACGACUCAGGUGAACACACAGCACAUCAGAAUGCAGAAAACGAAUGUUUUGAAAAAUCUACUUUGUCAACUCCAUCUACCUAUACAAGUAAAACAGAAUGUCUGAACGAGUACAUCGUUCGUAUGACACCAAAGUUUUCAAACAGUAAGCUUGUGAUUAAUAGUGCCAUAAAAAUAGCAAGUCUACUAUAUUCAAACACAGAAGGAAUGAUGGUGGAAGAAAUCAUAAAAGGCGCUGGAGUGCCAAGAUACAGAUGUAUCGAUAUUCUAAACACAAUGCUGAGAACAGAACCUCCAUUGGCUUCAAAAAAAUUUUGCAAGGGAUUUGUGUAUUCUAUAGUGCUUCUAUAG